CGUUAUUUGCCGGAUCAAAACUCACUCGUUGUCAAGUUAACUCUUUUUUUUCACAUUAGAGUGACAACUUCGGGUCGAAAAAUAUCAUCCCAGUGACAUGUUUGUAUCGGAAACACACAAGAAUACAGGUGGUAUCUCUUCAGCUGUGGACAAAUUGCAGCUCUGAUUCUGUCCAUAUUGCGCUUCUUGAUGAGGUACAGACUUCAUGGCUCGGGUUGUUGGUCCCGCCUCUUCCUGCUUGGGCCCCUGCCGGUCCGGGUAUGUGUGGUCCGGACCUACUGUACCCAUCGACAACCCAGCGGCCCCCGCUUGGCCGCUCCCAAUGGCCUGAAGGAGCGAGCACUCUCUGCCAUACAGCAUGCCGGUCGCUUAGGUCAGCAGUGGGGCCGGCAGUCUGCCCUGAUGGCCGCUGCCACCAUGAACAGCUGGUGGGGGAAGUAUGAGGAGUUUGUCGGCAUCAACGAGGUCCGCCAAGCGCAGACCAAAGUCACAGAGGCAGAGGCGGCGUUCAUGGCGUCGAGGGGGCUGGUGCGCGAGGCCCACGCCAGCCUUGAGGCGGUGCAGGUUCGGCUGAAGGAGGCGCGGGCCCGCUUGGAGCGCGUGUCCCGGGAGGAGGCCGCCUACCUGGAGCUGGCCACCUUGGAGCACCAACUGCUGCGGGACGAGCGGCGGCUGCGCGCGGCGCACGGGCACGCUGAGGCGGCCGAGCGAGAGACCUUCGCCUCCUUCUCGGCCGCCGUGCGCGAGAGUCACGAGAAGGAGCGGACGCGGGCUGAGCGCACCAAGAACUGGUCGCUCAUUGGGUCGGUGCUGGGUGCCCUUAUCGGCGUCAUGGGCUCCACAUACGUAAAUCGCGUGCGCCUACAGGAGCUCAAGAGUCUGUUGCUGGAGGCCCAGAAGGGUCCGGAAAGCCUGCAGGAAGCCCUCAAAGUCCAAGCCGGCAACCAUCGCUUGCAGCAGGACGAGCUGGGGGCCCUCAUCGACAGCCUGAGGGUCUCCCUGCGGGGGGCCGCCGUCACCGAGGGGAGCAGUCCUCCCCCCGCUGACCGCUCCCCACUCCUGGACUCCCUUUUACCCCAAGUGUCAGAGCUACGGCAAAGCCUGGGCGGCGUCCGCGGCGAACUGUCCCACGUCAGGAAGCUCCUGGAAAGCGGGCACCGGCGGGGUUCCGAUUGGACGGCUGGGUCUGCGGAAGACACCCAGAGGACGCUGGGGGAGCGGAUUGGUCGCAGCACGCUGUACAAUGCUGCCUUUGCCUACACGGCCGCCGCCCUCACCGUCACCGCCGUGUACACGCUGCUGAGAGGAGGAGGAGCUUAGACCGAGAAACUUGAUGUGAGAGGGCAGCGUUAAGAAAAUGAGCCAAUUUUCCACUCUUGGAGUAUAUAAUGUAACUGAUUAUCAUAUUUCACUUGCAGACUUUUUUUUUUUUUUUUUUAAAUAAACAGAUUUAGUUGAUUAAUUUCACAACGAAUGGCUGAGAAGGCAAUGGCGACAAUGACUAUAUGCAUAUAGCAUAUUAAAAAGUCCAAUUUAUCCAA